CAAGAGCAAAAGCAGUUGGGCGGCUGCUGGAAAGAGGACCAUUCUGUGCAAAAAUUUGUACCAGGAAUUCAAAUGCUGGGAGGAAGAAGGCGUAUUUCAGAUGAAAAUGGAACUGGUCAGUGAGAAACUAAGGAAGGAGCUUGAAGAAGAGUUGAAACUUGGCACUGAGCAGCUGCGCAGCCACGCCUGGUACCAUGCCUGCCUGCCACGUCGGGAGGCAGAAUCCCUGCUGCAGGAUGAUGGUGAUUUCCUGAUCCGAGACUCUCGCUCCAGCCAAGGUGACUAUGUCCUGUCGUGCUCCUGGGGUGGCAAGGCACUGCACUUCAAGAUCAUCCGCGUGGUACUUCGCCCCCGGAAGGGCUAUUCCCGAACACUAUUUCAGUUUGAAAAGGAGCAGUUUGACAACGUCCCUGCUCUAGUGCGCUUCUAUGUGGGCAACCGGAGGCCCAUCUCGGACGUCUCGGGAGCUGUGGUGUCCCGGCCAAUCAAUAGGAGUGUUCCUCUUCGGUGUAUCAAGGAGCGCUACAGUGACACUGGCCAGCCCCCUGGACUAAGCAAGGAAGAUGGGGUGCCCCUUCGACGGUUUAGCUUUCGUGCAGCCCCAGCUGCGGAAGAAAUGGGAGAAGGGAGCCUACUCAGGUCAAAAGAUCGAAGUGGAAGUGACCCCAGUUGUCUAGACCAACUUGGACUGAGACCUUCCUUGCAGAGCGCCCAGUCAGACAGCAAUUUACUGUCAGGCAGCCCAGAAGCUUCACCUGGAUGCCAGGACCGAAGUCGCCUUCCUCCUUUAUCCCCAGCAUUCCGCACAGGGAGUGACCCUGUCCUGCGGGCAAAUGCCACAUUGUCUCACCCACUGGGAGGCCCAGCACUGAGCAGCUCCGAAGGGCGUCUCCAUUCCAAGGCUCCCCCCAAGCCCCUGAGGGUCCCAUCCAUGCUGGUGAGCGACUAUUGUGAACUGGUCCCCAAGCCUCCUGAAGGCCCAAGAAGCCACGUGGAACGCCUGCAGUCAGAGGAGAGGUGGCGUGGUCGGGCACACAUCACAGAGACAGCCUUUGGGUUUCUGGACACUGAGGUGACCCCUUCUCCCCUGCCCCACUUGGUGGAAACCGAAGAAGAGCCAGAAUUUGAGAGGCCUGAGCUGGAGGGAGCCUCCUCCUUUCAUCCCCACGACUUCUGUUCACUCCUCUUGAGUCCCGACAACAAACCCUUGGAGCCCAGUACCCUCAAGCGCCUCAAGGAGAUAUUUGCCCAACAUGACUGUCAUGCAACAGCCCUUCACAUUCUGCAGAUGGACUGCCAGGCUGCCAGAAUAAUUGGCGUAUCCAAGGAGCAGCGACGGGCAAUGGGGGUGAGCUCGGGUCUGGAACUCAUAACUCUACCUCAAGGACAUCAGUUACGGCAAGACUUGCUGGAAAGGCACCAUCUCAUUGCUCUGGGCAUCGCUGUGGACAUCCUGGGCUGCACAGGAGCAGUGGAUGAAAGGGCAGCCACCUUGGACAAAAUCAUCCAGCUGGCUGUGGAACUGUGGAGAUCAGCUGGGGACCUCUUUGCUCUCUCUGCUGUGAUGAAAGCCCUGCAACUACCACAGAUCACACGACUGGAACAAACAUGGAAGCUCUUGCGCCAAAGCUACACCCAAAGUGCCAUCAUCUUUGAGAAAGAGCUGAAGCCUCUCAUGGGACGCCUGAACAGGGCUGAAGAAGAUGUAGUCCUUGCCCCAAAGGAGGUUGCAGUUCCCCACAUCUUGCCCCUCCUCUGCCUUAUGGAAGGAGAAGAACUGUGGGGCGACAGUGGAGACACAUGUGAUGUUCUUCUACGAAUGCUAGCAGCAGCCCGCUUCAUUGCCACCAAUGCCAGCGCCUAUCGAGUCAGUGCUGAGACUAGGCUCCAAGGGUUCCAAGCCACUCCAGAGCUCCUGGAAGCAUUUCGGACAGAAUUCUCUCUUCGUUUAUUCUGGGGCAGCAAAGGAGCUGAGGCAAACCGGGCUGAGAGGUACAAGAAAUUUGAACGGAUCCUGACUGUCCUUUCACAGAAACUGGAGUGAAAGACUCAUGAAAGAAUUUUGUUCCUCUGUGGCACCAACUAGGAGUGGAAAAGAGAAACAAAAGGAAGAGCUACCCACUGCUUGUUGAAUAAGAUCCACAGUGAGCUGAAACCUGGGAGUGUGACAGGCACUGAAUGGUGUAGAGAAUACUGCUUACAAGGAGCGGGAAGCACACCAGUGAUACAGAUUGUACACAAGAGGAAAAUGGCCUUAUUUCCACAACGGCAGGGCAGAAAUGGUGGUUCAUUCCCCUUAAACAUGGUACCUUUUUUGCUAGUACCAGCAGCCUCUUCAAAGGGCUUGAUAUAUAAUAAGGGAAGGAACGGAUAGCUCUUUGUUGGUAUGUGGUGUUGGAAAGUACUCUUGUCUCCACCUACUGCAAACCAGAAGUUUAGCAGACUAAGAUUACUGGGAGAGGCUAAAGUCACAGAAUCCCCCAUUUGCCUUGGUAACAGUUAUGAUCAUGGAGAGGGUGGGGAGAGGAUUCCUUUGUGAUUCUUGGCACCUUUGGAACAGGGCAAGAAAAGGAAAUGUACCUUAAAAUGGGAGAAGAGUUUACAUUUUUGUGAUCUACUGUACUUUUGUUUUUCACUCGGACCCCAAAGUAAGUGUAGCAGAUGUGAAAUAGUUGCUCAAAAAAGAAGACAGAACUGAAGUACAAAAUCUGUUUGAGCAUUUGGAAUUUACUCGGUCUUCUUGUUGCGUGCCUUCAAGUCAUUUCCAAACUAUGGUGACCCUAAGGCGAACCAACCUAUCAUGGAGUUUUCUUUGCAAGAUUUGUUGAAAGGAGAUUUGCCAUUGCUUUCCUCUGAGGCUGAGAGCAUGUGACUUGCCCAAGGUCACCCAGUGGGUUUCAUGACCAAAUUUGGUAUCGAACCCUGGUUUCAAGAGUCAUAGUCAAACCUCUACACCAUGCUGGUACUCUACUCAGUCUAGGAAGUUUGUUUUCAGUACCAGAACUAGGAUGUGUACAUAAAUUUGUACACAACUCCCAUUGUUAAAUUUCGGGAGCUAAAUUUAUGAGGCAAAGAAAGCUUUUUGCUAUUGGUAAACCUACUGGGAGUUAGAAACUACUCCUGACCUGCAUGCUUUGUCUUGAUAGAAAAAAACAUCUGUUUCUACCUACUCAGUGGUAAAGAAACUCUGUAAGUAACAGAAAGAUUGCUAAUUCCUUCAUAAAACAACCUCACUAAGGGAACCUGUCUCCACAAUGUCCUGAGGUUGCUAUAGAAGGGAGACACUUAGGUAAGGCCAGUUGGGGCAAGAAGAAUGAAUCUAACUGGCACAGCAGCAAAGACAACUGAUAGAACAGGAGGUAGGUGAAGUUUUGCUGCAGGAUACUUCCCUAUCCAUCUGUCUCUCAUUCAGGAAGCCAUACAAAUGAGAUUAACAAGGUGUGCAGACUGGCCAUUAAGGCCACCAUAGGGGUAGAGUGGGGUGUGCUGUCUGCACAACGCAUGCCCCGACUCUACCACCAUGCUGGCGUGAUGCCACAUGUCACCACAUGGUGCGCGGCAUCACAGUGUUCUUCUGGCGCUGCGUCCAGAUGACGCAGCACCAACAGAGCACAGAGAAGCUGCAGCACCGGUGGCUAGGGUGCCCUUUUCGAAGAACAGAAAGGAGCCAAGGAAAGGCCAGAUUGGAGCUGCAGCAUGUAGUUGCCGCAGCCCCAAUUUGGCGCUAAAAGGGGUGGCCUGUACAGCCUCUAAGACCUGUUUUUUGCUAGGAGCUCCUGCCUAACUUUAUCUGAUUUUUGGAAGCUAAUCUGCAACAAUUUUUAUUCUUUUUUUCUUCUUAGGUAUGCAUCUUUUUAUGGCCACAGUAGCGUAAGCGGGGAAUGCUCUCUGUGGUACAAUUCAAAGACAUAGCCAUGUUAGUCUGGAAAGUCAAUAUACAAAAGGAUCUUAUAGCACCUUGGACACUAACUGAAAGAAAGAAGUUGGUAGCAUGAGCGUUUGUGGGCUUGAGCCUACUUCCUGUGCGUCGGAGCAAAUAGGCUCAUGUCUACGAAAGCUCAUGCUACCAACUUCUUUCUUUCAGUUACUCCUAAAGGUGCUACAAAAUCUAUUAACUGUUCCUUCUUCUUCAUGAUCUCUGUGACGCACACAUAUUGGGUUGUUCUGUGCCUGUGUAGAUUUUAUAUUUUUGGCUUAAAACAGGAGGGCAGCUUAGGUUCACAGGCUACAACCCUCCCCCAUUGGUUGUAUCAGUGCAGGAUGUGAUAAAAUAAAAUAACUGAGGGCGGCAAUAGUCUUCCAGCUCCUGAAUGACUACAUACACAUCAUAAUCUAGCAUUUUUAUAAACGUUUUUAAAAACCCACGCUUGCGAGGCCAGAGAAACAAACAAGAAGUCAACUGCACAGGCACCCACAAGUUACUUCUGUCUACUAUUUACAUAAAGUGUAAAAAGGCACCUGGAAAUACAUUCUACAUUGCCAGAGAGGGGUUCAGCCCCCCUCUGCUCUGUCCACCAAUGCACAAAGGAAUUAGAGAGCCAGGGAUGUGGUUGGUUUUUACAGAUUAUGUGAACAAAAAGCUAAACUGAGUGGUAAAAUAAAAUUGGUCACUGUAUAAAAA